GGGCCAUUUUGGCUGCAAUCCUGUUCCCCUGGCUGCUCCACUGUCCCUCAGACAAAUUGGUCAACAAGUCAGGAUAGCGCAUUGUGGGCACAUGACUUCCUUCCAGACGACGGUGGCAGGCGACUGGUUCCAUGGAAUGUGUCCUCACUGUGGUCCAGCCCCACGCACAAGAGAAGAUGUUCAGAGAAGAUAGAGCCACGGUUCCCAGACGUGCCCACCCCAGCCAGGCCAACAGCACCUGCAGGAUCCCCGAUGGCCCUGCCCUGCUCCUUCUUGGUGGCCCUGGUGGUGCUCAGCUGCCACUCCCUCGGCUCUCUGGGAUGUGACCUGCCUCAGGACCACGGCCUGCUGCACUGGAGGGCCUUGAUGCUCCUGCAACAAAUGAGGAGACUGUCUGCUAGCUCCUGUGACAACUACACAAACGACUUUGGCUUCCCCCAGGAGGCGUUUGACGGCAAGCAGCUGCAGAAGGCUCAAGCCCUCUCUGUCGUCCAUGUGAUGAACCAGAAGACCUUCCACCUUUUCUGCACAGAGGCCUCACCUGCUCCGUGGAACACGACCCUCCUGGAGGAAUUGUGCUCGGGACUUUCUGAGCAGCUGGGCCACCUGGAAGCCUGUCCCCUGCAGGAGGCGGGGGUGGGAGAGACGCCCCUCAUGAAUGGGGACUCCAUCCUGAGGAACUACUUCCAGAGAAUCUCCCUCUAUCUGCAAGAGAAGCAAUACAGCCCUUGUGCCUGGGAGAUGGUCCGAGCAGAGAUCAUGAAACCCUUGUAUGCAUCAACAGCCUUGCAAAAGAGAUUAAGGAGCAGGAAGUGAGACCCAUUU